UCCAAGACUUCUUGUUUCUCUAAUGCGUUGUUUAGUGGCCACUCCAUAUACUUAAAACUCUUGAAUUUCCAGAAUAUUUAAAUAUACCUUCCUAUCCCCUGCUUCAAGUUCAAUUCUUCCACUCCUAAUACCCAUUUCAUUCAAUAUGUCUUCACCAGCAGAAUACUACAGGUCUCUACCACCUGUGAGCAAGGCCUAUGGAGUGGCAUGUUUGAUGACCACUGCUGCAUAUUAUUUGCAACUUUAUGAUGCAAAUAACAUAGCACUGGUUUAUGGCUUAGUGUUUAAACGCUUUCAGGUUUGGAGGCUUAUCACAAAUUUAUUCUUUCUUGGACCGUUUUCAUUUCCAUUUGCUAUUCGACUGAUAAUGAUAGCAAAAUAUGGUGUUUCAUUGGAAAGAGGGCCCUUUGACAAGAGAACCGCGGACUAUGUUUGGAUGUUCAUAUUCGGUGCACUUGCACUUCUGGUGAUGGCUGCUGUGCCAUUAUUAUGGUCUCCAUUCCUGGGAACUUCGCUAGUUUUCAUGAUCGCCUACGUUUGGAGCCGCGAGUUUCCAAAUGCACGAAUCAACAUUUACGGCGUCGUAUCAUUGAAGUUGAAAUCUUGUCGAUGGAGACGCUGAGACUUGCACGUCAGG